CCGCCCCCUACGGGAUCCCAGACGGAGGAUCGAGAAGAGCAGCGCGUUUGGGAAGGGGCCGCUAUGAGCGGCACGCUCUAUCCACUGCUCGCUGUCUCGCCACGUCCAUACUUCACCACUCAGGUCACCGAAGCUCAACUCUGAACUCACCGCUCCAGAUGUGAGCAUUCACUGCCAGCAGAGGGCCGCGCCCGAUUGGCCGCCCGUCGCCAUGGUGACCCGCAAGCUGCUCUCCCAUUGGCCGAGGCGCCUCGUGCCGGGCGCCUGCCUCGCGGUGGCCGCUCUGCUCUGGCUGCUGCACACGCUAGGGUGUGGCCUAAACCAUGCCGAGGAGUCUGCCCCCCGUGGCCAGGAGGCGGUGGCGGGGCUCAGGCGAGACGCAGGCCUGGGGCAGCACCAGGCCGAGCUGGCGGAGCAAUCCGCUCGGCACCACCAGCAGCUGCAGGUGCUGCGCAGGCAGCUGGCGCAGCUCAAGUCCGAGCUCCACCACCGCACGGAGCAGCUGAAGACCCUGCAAGGUGCGGUGGUGGGCGGGGCCUCCGUGGUGGGGGGCGGGGCCUCCGUGGCUGUGGGCGGGGCCGGCGCAGUGGUGGGCGUUGCCCCCGCGGUUGGAGGGGAUGCGGCCCAAGCCGCUCCCCCGGCCCCCAUGGAUGCCUCGGGCCCAGGCGGCCAGGCGAGCCUGCAGGCUUUCCUCACGUCGCAGGCCGAGCGCUCUGAGGUUCUCUGGGGGGGGCGCUACUCCAGCGAGUACGCGGUCAUCCCCUACGACAGCUUCACUGCACACAAGGUGUACCAGCUAGAGACGGGGCUGACGCGCCACCCCGAGGAGCGGCCUCUCCGUCGCGACCGCCGCGAGGAGCUCGUCCAGGCCGUGGACGCCGCCAUCGUCGCCCUCAAUGGCGGGGAGCGGGCGGGGGGUGACGGAUACUCACUCGCUCACUUCGUUGAAGGGCUUUUCCGCAGCGAGCGUGACAAGGGCACGGAGUAUCGCCUCGCCUUCCGACGCCCCACGGAGACCGACGGCUCUGAUGACUCCGCCGGGGUGGGCGGAUCGCCGCUGCGCGUGGUCACGCUGUUCCGCCCCCUGGCACCGCCCGUGGUGGUGGCCGUGGACGGCGCUGGCGACGGUGGUGGCGGUGGUGGCGGUGGUGGCGAUGGUGGUGGCGGUGGUGGCGGCGGGUAUUUCCCGCCGCUCCACGUGGUGGUGCCGCUGGCACGGCGCACCAACGCGUUCCGCGCUUUCAUGCACAACUUUAGGCAGGUAGUUGCGAGCCAGCGAGGCACGGUGCAUCUGACCGUCGUUUACUUCGGAUCUCCGGGACUUCGCGAGGUGGAAGACAUCUUGAGGAGCACCCAGCUGGAGGGCUUCCCCAACGUCUCCAUGGUGCCGCUGGCCGGGGAGUUCUCCCGCGGGGUUGGGCUCGACGCGGGGGCUCGGGCCUGGCCGGGUGGGGGAGGGGGGAGGGGCGUCGGCGGGGGGGCGUGGCCUGCAGGGGGUGAGGGGGCGUGGCCUGCGGGGGGGGAGGUGCUGCUGUUCUUCUGCGACGUGGAUAUCGUCUUCACGGCGGAGUUCCUCACUUCCUGUCGCACGCACGCACGGCCUGGUAGCAGGGUGUACUACCCCGUGGUGUUCAGCCUCUACAACCCGGCCAUCGUCUACGCUCACCACGACAGCGUGCCGCCACUAGCCCACCAGCUGGUGAUCAAGAAGGAGACCGGCUUCUGGAGAGACUUUGGCUUCGGCAUGACCUGCCAGUACCUCUCAGACUACCUCGCUGUCGGCGGUUUCGACCCGGACAUCCGCGGCUGGGGUGGCGAGGACGUGGCUCUCUACCGCAAGCACCUCCAACGGGGCACGGCCGCGGGGGCAGGUGGAGGGGCAGCUGCAGGGGCAGGUGGAGGGGCAGCAGCAGGGGCAGCAGCAGGAGCAGGAGCAGCAGCAGCGGUGUUUGGGGGGGGCGGCUUUGUGGUGGUUCGUGCUCCAGCCCGCGGCCUCUUCCACCUGCACCACGCCAAGCGCUGCCCGCAGGGCCUAGCGGGAGCGCAGCGCCGCGCCUGCCUGCAGACUCGCGCCCUCACGGAGGCCUCGCACGCUCAGCUGGGGGGGCUCGUGCUGGCGGGGGGGGGAGGCGGUCCAGGGAGUGAUCACCGGCCUGAGCCGGGACCUGGAAACCGGAACCGGAACUGGAACUGA